AUGCCCUCCGUGCAGGAUCCUCUCAACCCGAUCAAUCCUUUACACCAUGAACGAUGUAUCGCUUCCUCACCUGAUGGCGUGUGUCCGGGGCAGAUCGACUUCACCAAGCGGAACUUUGCGGAAUUAGAGCUCUUCUUGGCGAAACAGGCGUCAAACCCGAAAAACCGGGCGAUAGGCUUCAGGAAUGCAGCCAAGCUGAUGAUAUGCGGCAACCAUGAGGAUACUUUACAAGAGGCUGGAAGGGUUGCUCGUCAGUGGGAAGAAGCAGCGCAGAAUUCCAACCCUACCAUGCAUUCCGUCGCCAGAAGGCAAGUCUCGUCAUACAAUCAGACUUCACAGGAGUCAGUAUCCAUCGGCGUUAUGACUGAAAGCUGUACGCGCCAUUCAACGGUCAUCUAA